UGAAUAUCAUGACGCUAUUAGCGAUGGCGAUGAACUAGCAACAAAUACAAGUAGCGAAAUUUUUAUUACAUUUCAUGUUCAUAUGCCAAGCUAUCUUGAUGAAUCUAUGCAUCCUAUAGUCGUUGGCAAUAUUAAAGAAUUGGGAAAUUGGAAAAGGCCAGCUGUGAGAUUGCGCCAAAUUGAGAAAAAUUCUACAUAUUGGGUUUCAGAACGAAUCAGAAUUUAUGUAAAAGAAGGUAACUCACCUCAGUACAAAUAUGCAAUUUACAGACCUAAAAAGUCUCAAGGAAUUUUGUCCAUGGCUUCAAAUUGGUUCUUGGGCGAUCAGACAAUUGUAAUGGAAGGAAACUCAGAAAAUGAUAACCGCGAAUUAGUAUAUAAAGAAAACCAAUAUGAUGUAUGGCAAACGAACUAUUUUAGUAAGCUUUAUAAGCCAGACCUAAAUCAAGAUUUCAAGUUUGUUUUUAUGAUAUAUGAAUCCGUAACUUUAGAAAAUAUCAAAGACAAAGUUAUGGAAUUUCAAAAACUUUUAAAGCAUUAUAAUGAGCCAACUGUUCAGGCGAUCAGUAUGGAUUUGAUUUUCAAUUAUCUUUCGAAAGCACGUGAUAACUGCCAAAAAAUUUUAAUCUGUGUUAUGUUGGCUUAUCAUAUUAACGAAAUUCAAAAAAAAACAAAUAAUCGUGUAAAAUUACCUGAAAAUUUUCCUUCGGCCGAUUUAUUACAAGCAUUACAAGAAAUUCGGACCGAAAAUCCUUUACCUAAAAGCGCUGAAAAACCAUUUACUUUGGCAACUUCUGCUUUAGUCAAGCAUAAUUCAUCAAUACGCAAUUCAUUCGAGUGGAUGAAAAUGUUUUCUGUUGCAUCUAUUCUCGAUUCAAACUACUCAUUUUUAUCUCAUAUUACAAAACAUAAAUAUACGAAUAAGGAUGAAAUGCAGACUUUUUACAAUUUACUUCAAACGAAUGUAAAGCCGCAUCUUGAUGAGAUCGAUAAAAUUAAUAAUCGAAUUCUUUAUCAAAAGAUCAUAAAGAAAGAAAACCUUGACCUUGACACCGUCAGCUCUUUAUGUGAGCUUAUUAGUAAAGACAUUGAUUCCGAUAAUCCAUGCGAGUUAGAACAACAUUUCAAGUCUCUCUCCGAAGAUAUUCGCAAUGAUUGCUUACAAGCAUUUCGUAACAGAUUUACAAAUCUUAUAUUAAAUAAUGAUUUGACAUGGAAUUCCGCAUGCUUAAAUUCAUUUUUGUGGCUGUUUUCCCAAUUAUUUACUACUGAAUCUGAGGUUGUGCAAGUAUUAGAAUUCCUUUCUAGAUCAAAAAAUAUCGAUUUAUUACAUAAAUUUCCAACUUGGUUAAAAUUCGCUUGGGAAUCGAAAGAUAAUAAACAAUUGCACAAAAAAAUUCCAUCUCUUUGUGAUGCAUGGUAUUCAAAUAUAACCUCUACUUCCCAAAAAGGACAAAAUAUUGUAAUCUUAAUGUAUAAGCAACUUUCAGAAAUUUCAUUCAUUUUUAAAAAACGUCCGGAUAUCUAUAAACAAUUAAUAGGAAUCAUUGAAAAGAGAAUCAAUAAUAUAUCAAUUCAAUUGUUGCUUCAAUCAACUUCAUUUGUGGGCAGGCUUGAAACCAAAAUGCCUAGCAUUGCAAAAGAUUUUACAAGAAUCUUUAACGACAAAUUUGAUCCGUUUAUUAACUCCACUGAUGAUGAUACUCUAAUAACAAAUAUUGCCCAUAUAUGUGAUUCUUCACCCGCAUCCUUGAAUGUGCCUAAUAGUGAAUUUAAUGUUAGCAACGAUGAAAAUCAAUUAUUAUUACUCAAAUCUUCUAAAUUCUGGUCCUUUUUAUUAAAUGCUAGUGGAGAGGUUACUGAGCUUCAUUCCCAUCCACAAAUGAACUACGUUCGUUCUCAAAUCAUUCAACUUGUUAAUAUGAUUAAAAAUAAGUCAAUUCAAAUGGGUUUACUUGAAUCGUUAACUGAAUUAAAAAAUGAUGAAUUGAUUAAUUAUUUUAAUUCUGGUAUCGGUUUUGAAAAUGAGGAACAAAUGAUUACUGGUGAAAUAUUAGAUUUUCUUAGGGAUAAGUCGCAUGAACAUUCAGAUACUGCUAAGCAUCUAUUUUCUUUCUACCAUAAAUGGUGUAAUAAGGCUGAGGACUUUCUGACUUAUGUAAAUGAUCUUACUCAUAAGAUGGAAACUUUAAAAGAUGUACCACUUGCUGAUUUUGAUUCUAGAGAAUACUGGUUUCCACAUACUGGGAUUAUUGAAGUCAGCCAAAAAGUAUACCAAUAUGAAAAUUCUGUAACUUUUGCAAACAUGAUUGAAAACAAUACGAAGGAUGAAAUACAAAUGAGCAUGUUAGAUAUAGCAGAGAUGUUUACGAGAAGUAUGAUUGAACAAUAUCAAAAGAUUUGUAAUAGUUAUAAAAAUUGGCAAAAUAUUAAUUGUUCUGAAGCUCGAGUAUUUUGGAAAGGCAUUACUAAAGAACAAGUUAAACAUGAACUGGAAAUAAUUGCUUCUUUAUACCGACAAAGAAAUCAAGUACAGAAUGGUUUAGUUGCUUCUAUAGAAUGUUUGGCUAUUAUUCCGCGUCACAUCGAGCAACUCGAAUGGCUUCUACAGGUUUUUAUCCAAUUUAAAGUAAGAGAUGCAGAUAAAAGUUGGGUGUCUCUGAUGCUUCAGCAUUUAGAGGAUGGUGAUAUGAGAUUAAAUGAGUUGCCUGGUAUUUUUCAAAAACUUAAUAAACACCUGAAUGAACUUGAUAAAUACAGCUGGACCGUAGUUAAAGAACUUGCCUAUGCUAAUGAAUUCAUUAAAUAUUUACUCGAAAAUUUAAUCGGGAGAGAUUUAACAAAUCUUAUCAAUG